AUCUACAGUUUGAUACCAAAUUUAUUGACAGAAAUUUAUGAAAUAGUAGUUCAAUAAAAUUUUGAAUGCGGGUCAAGAAACAAGAUGACUUGGCUUUUCACCUGUGCCCCGUCCCGAAAGGGUUAAGUAUUAUUUUUUGAUAAAUGUUUUUUUCAAGUGUCUGAUAAUGCUAAAUGUUUAGUUUUUUCUGCUUCGUACGUUAAAAAAUGUAAGGACCACACAGCAGAUUGUUUUUUUUUGUUAUCCCUAAAGCUUUUAUUUUUUACACUGGAACUAAACAAGUAGUAUUAUUUAAAAACAUGUACAUUAAUUUAUAGGUGAGUCUUAACAUAAAGAUUUGCUCCAUUUUUUUUUUUAUUCCUACAAACGAGAUGCAGAUACAACAAAUGUAUGAAUGUAUAUUUUUUUUUCCAUAUUAUUUUUAAAGCAUUUCCUCAAAGGAAAAAAAAAGUGACUGGAUGUACAAUAAAUGCAAAUGUUGUGUACAUGUAGAUAUUUUUAUAAAUUUUAAAGCUGCUUUUCUCUUGCAUAAGAUUUACAUUCUUUAAAUUUUGUUCAUGUGAUUUUUUUGUUUUCAUGGUUCUUAAAACUUUUGUUUUUCCUACAGAAUGAAUGCUUGUAGAAUAAAUGUUGGCUUUUAAAUAUUUUCAAAGCUUUUCCCUACAGAGGGCAUAUAAGUACAGUAAAUAUUCUAUUCUUAUAUAGUGUCUUUUACAUGAUUUUAAAAGCUACUGGAGGUGUGUAUGCACCACAACCCAUGUACCAGACUGCUCCUAUGAUGGGAGGAUUUCCACCUGGUGGAGUUUUGGGUACACCUAAUAGAAUGAUAGGAAUUCCACUUCAGAGUAAUUGUGUACCACAGGCUGUGCCUUCAACUAACCCUUUUGGCCCCUGGGGGAUUGGUCCACCAGGUGGAGCUGUCUUGGAUAGAAGCCUUUCUAACCCUGGCCAAGGAACACCUAGACUUGGCCAGAUUCAAAACCAAAUGGCAUCACUGCAAUUGCAAGGCCAGUCUUGGAAUAUGAUGGGUAACAUUCAAAACCAAAAUCCACAUGCAGAGCAUAUAAAUUUGGGUUCCCUGAGCUUAGGUGCUCCCCAACCAGCUCCAGGAACUUUUUUUCAAGCUCCAACUUUAUCUUCCAGUCUAUGGCGUUAAAGUUUUCCAGCUAAGUCAACAGGAGUGACCUCUGGUGUUUUAGUUGACCAGUCAUCUAGCCAGAACAUACCACUUCAUGUUUGUUCUCUUAUCUAGGAGCUCCAUUUCUUUAGCAACAUUCAAAUAACUGUAAAAGAAAACUAUGGAGUGAAACAAGUGUCCAAGUACAUACUUAUCAAUCUGAUUCUUAGCAGUAUUAUAACUGUUUUUCACUAUUUAAAAUCAUAACACUGUUCUAAAAUGGAGUAUGUGCAAUUGAAGAACAAAACUACACGUUUGUGUGAGUUAAGUCAUGAGUGUGUUUUAUUCUUUAAAUCUACACAUCCAAUUUUCAUCCAUUUGAUGUCAAUGUCAAAUUCAUUAAGCUUUUAUAUUACUGUUUUACUUCCAAGUUCCUUCUGAAGAUAGUUAUUUAACAAAACCAGAGCAGUUGUGAAGUAUGACCAGUUAAAUAUUCUCUUGACACAGGCUUGAUCCUUUUGAUUGACCUUGUAACCACCAAGCAAUCAUGAAAGUAUCCAUACUCUUUUUUUACUCUCUUGCUACGGGCUUGGUCAGUUCGACAGAGUUUAUGACCUUUUGAACCGUGUCUAACUAAUAAUUUUACUACAUGAGCUUUAAACCGCUUGACAGCUGUUCACGAGCAUACAUUGUGAAGAAUUUAUAUUUUUUUCAUUAUCUUACUGAAUCUAACCUAAUACGUUUCACUUAAUUCUAUAAUAAUAAAUAAAGAAACACAUGACAAACAAAAAGUGUAGAACUUACCUGGGUUGUCUUUUUUUUUGUUGUUGCUGUCGAAUGUCAAUGAAACUUAAGCCUACUUUUUAUACUACACUAAAUAAUUUCUUAUUUAAGUAAGUAAUGCACUUAAGAACACAGAAUAACAACACUUAAAAAGCAAACCAUGUCCUGUAACUGUCAUAAUUUUUCUGGCUUCCUGACUAUGAGAUAAGAGCCUUUAACAAUUUAGCUAAGCUAAUUGAUGUGAUUCGUAUGAGAAAAGAUUUGAAACUGAAUGACGAAAUAGAAAAUUCCCUUUAUAGAAAACAACAUAAUUUGAUAGAAUAAUACUUUGGCUUUUUAUUGGUUAUAAAUAAUACAGUACUAAACGUCAGAGAGAAGUAUUGGCAAAUUGAGAAAGAGAGGAUGCGAAAGGUGGGUGUGACAAAUGGGCUUGGUUUUCUAGUAUAUGGUUCUGUAACCAAAUAAGAUCAAAGGCUCUAAAAAGUAUGGUUUGCCUUAGUAAUAACUAUAUUAUAAUGAGUAACUUACAUUAAACUGUGUAUUUCUCGAAGGGUCGGUAAAUAAAUUGGAGAGAAAACCUAGAGAACAAAUGUCACAAUUCUUAUACAAGGGGAGGUUGAAGAUUUUUAAAAAUUAUUUCCUGAUACAAUUAAGAGCUUAAAACUUAUUUAAUAACUAGGUUUUGAUUCCAAGUUUAUUCGUAUACAUUGAUAAUAAAGUAGUUUAAUAAAUUUUGAAUGUGAUUCUCUUAAAAAAGCAUGACAUCCACAUUUUGACCUGUCAAUAACUAAAGCGUUAAUGUGAUAUAUGUAUCUUAACAAAAUUUAUAAAACGUUUAGUAAACAUUAAGUCUUUUGUACACAAAGUAUCAGAUUUUUUAAUUAAGUAUUUUUCUAAAGGUUCAUCUAUGAAUAUAGGGAGUAAAAGUCUUGACCAGUCCAAGCGCAAGGUGAUAUAUAUUUUGUUUUUUAUCUUACCUCUAAAACAUCCUAAAUGCAUAUCAAGUUGUUUUUCAUUAAGCUAUAUUUCCUCUGUCCCAACUUGUAAUCACCACAAAAAAAUACAAAAUAUAUCUAAGUAACCCUUUGUUUCUUCUAGAAUGACUGCAGAUUGCAAGAGAAAAUUACAAUUAUUUAUCCUAAAUAGCUUAACAUUUGUAACAGUUUACAUCUGUUUUUAAUUUAAUUUUAUUCUCUGUGUCUAACUAAUAAUCCCUUGAUACAAGCUGUAAAUCAUAUCAAAUGCUUUUAUGCACGAGCUACUCUCGGGCAUAUCUCGUGGAGAAAUGUUUCUAUCAUCACUGUUUAUUAACUAACCUAAUUAAUUUCCAAAUUUUUACAUUACAAUUACUUUUAUAAGAAAUUUUGUACUUACUUUUGGCCUCAUUUUUUUUGUUGUCGGCCCAAUGAUGAUACGUAAGCCUACUUUGUUUUUGUAAUGAUAACAGUACAUUAAAUGAUUUGUUAUUUGAAAUAUGCACGUCAGAGGACAAUAAAAUAACACCUAUAAAACAAACAAUGUCCUGUAACUAUUAUAAUUUAACUGGUUUCUAACUAAGGUGUAAAGUGCCUUAAAAUAAUUUACCUUAGCUACUCAAUCAGAACUUGGUGAUAGCAACUUUCAGUCAGUAUCUGAAUUAACUGAAAACAAAGUAGCAUUAUUCAGCAAAUUGAAAAUUUGUCUUUUUAUUGGUUAUAAAUGAUAUAAUAGCAGAGAAAAUAUUUGGCAAUUUACGAGAGAGGAUACUAUAGGUUGGGCAUGGCAAAUGGAUCCAACUUUCCAGUUUAUAUCUCAAUAAACAAAAAAGAUUGAAGUCUUAUGUCUUAGUAAUAUCUAUACUAUAAUGAGUAAUUUACAUUAAACUCGGGAUAUGAAAGAGGAGUGACAAAAAAAAUAGAUGAUGUUUCAAGUCAUAGUAAACAAAUGUCACAACACAUUUACAAGAGGAGAUUGAGAAUUUAUUUAAAUAUCUCCUUCUGAAAGUAACACUUGUACAACAUUAAAAUUUGAUUAAUUAACCGUAUUUUGAUGCCAGAUUUAUUUUUGUACGUUGAUAAUAAAAUAGUUUAAUUAAAUUUUGAAUGCAACUCUGUAAAAAGUUGAAACAUGCACUUUGACCUCCCCAUAGCAAGAGGGUUAAUAAACUUCACAACAUAAAUCUAUGUACAAACUUGAUACAGUAAUAAACUUAAGCUAAAGUUAUUUUACUGAAGACUCUUGAGAACUGGUCAGAAUUGAAAUAGGCAUUAAAAACAAAGUCAGAAUGAUAAAUAUAUUGAAAAUUAACCAUCGAAAGAACAUCAUACCAGAAUUUGAUAUCUCCAAGUUUUAUUCAUUGUACCAUAUACGAGAUGCUAAGCUAAAACAAAGAAAGGCUCAUUUCAAAUACAUAAUCCAUGAUUAUUAUACAGAAAGACAGUCUGAUUUUUAUUUAAUAAUACUAACAGUUAACAUAGCCAACUGUUGAGUCACUCUCAGAACUUAUGUUAAAUCAGCCAUGUGGUUCUGUAUGUUUCACUUACAAAAUCAUUGAUGUAAAUAAAUAUUGUCUGUGAAAUUGUGUACACACCUUAAAAAUGAAUCGAAAAUGUGUCAUAUUGUUAAGUAUCAUUAACUUGAAAUAUUUACUGGUAAUUAUUUCCAUAGAUCUUCUUUGAUUAUGUUGCAUGAUCCUUAACUUCCAGUAUCUGCUGAUUAUUUUGACAAGUUUGUGGCAAAUAUGUAAAUGAAUAAUCAUGUUUUGUAUCAGUAAGUAUUGGAUUUAUCAAAAAGUUUUUCUUCAAAAUAUUAUAAUGAAAGUACAAUUGUAAAUUACUUUCACAAAAUUUUGUUUGUUGACUUUACAUUUUGUUCACUUACACUGAUCUUCUGCACUCUUUAACAAACAUUUCUGGACAGAAAAUUUUCAUAUGCUCUUAAAGGCUGCAUCACAACUAUUAUUUUGUUCAUAAUUUUAAGACUAAAGUUUUUGUAUAAAUAAUUUCAACUGACAAGAGAGAGGGUUGCCUUCUACUGUCAUCAUGUGAAUUCAAUGUGCCUCAUCUCCCAGCCAACCAGACAUCUGGUUCAAUGUUUUUUGUAAAUUAGGGACUUCACCUCUCUACCUAUCAUAUAAACAUGUAGUCCUUUCAGUUCUUCCUACUCAACCAGGAAGCUAGUCUAUUCUUUAUCUUCCAAGUUCUUUAUUAAUGUUGCACCCACAGUCAAAAUAUUGAAAGUGUGUGUUCUGUUUUGUAUUUUAGGGCUGGGCCUAUUUUCAGUGUUUAGCUAUACUCUGAUGGUGUUCUGUGUAAGUUGGAAGAUAAAACCUUCAUGUUUUAUUUACUACACAUACAUGAAUAUAAACGUACUAAUGCUCAGAGAAAUGGUUGGUAUAUGAUGAUAAGUAAACAAACUUUGUUGUUACUGGUGUUAAACAAUCAUCCUUGUUUGAAUGUACUUUGAAGUACAUAGAUGUGUAAAUGUGUGUGAUAGAUUUUUUACCAUCUUCAUUAGGUAAUAGUAAGUGUAUUGUAACAAGCCAUAGGGAUCUCCUGAUCAUGUUUCUAAGGUUAAAUCAACUUUGUGACGCUUUGUUAUACUAUUGCAUUUAGUUUGUUUCCAGGUGGUGUAUCGAAAUUUUCAUUUCAGAGAUUUGGUUAAUGUAUAAAGAUGUUGUAUUGGUUUUCAAAUCUUUGUUUUUCUUGUUUGUUAAUGAACUAAAUAUAGAAAACAUUUUUAUAACAGUAGUUUAUAAUAAGUUGAAAGUGUAUUUACAAAAGAACCAAUGUUAAUUCUAUACAAGUCUAAUCUAAUUUAGUCUGUUGCUGUAACAUUAAAAAUUCGUAUCUCAUGUCAACUGUGUUCCUUGUUAUAACUUUAAUGUUUAUUAUUUUCACUUAGAAAGAAACUCACUUAACUUUAAAAAGAUGCACAAGUUUAAGAUGUCACCUUUGUAUUGACUGUAGCCUACUCAUGUUUGGCUUGAAGGUGAUUUUAACAUUCCUGCUAUGUUUCAAAGCAUUUUCUUUAGGUAUUGAUAACACUGGGUAUGUUGCAUAUAAUUUAUUUUGUACAGGGUAACGUCAAGUAGGUAUUUUGGAAAUAAAGUUGUCUUUACUUCUA